AUGAAGGCCUACUGCAAAAAUGAAAACCAAUGCAAAAGGCAACAAAAGUCGCAAUUGCAUACAAACCUUGUACACACCUCUGAAGCCGUCUUUUCCAAGAAUAUCAUUAAGAUCAUCAUAGUGAUCAACUUCCUGAGGUCACCCAAGAUAACUAUGAGAAUAAAUCAACAUCUGGGAGCGCAACUCAAAUCAGCUUGCCUGGAAACACAAGACACUUGCUCGGUAUUUCUUGACUUCUUUAUACAGAAGAUUUUUCCUAUAUUCCCAAUCCAAGUGCUUUGGCCGCACGUCCCUAUACAAUUCUGGAUGAUUUCUCGCAUUUUCAGCCGCAAGUAUGUUAUACGAUACAAUAACAACCCGGUCUGUUUUAAGGAGCAUUUAAAUAAAAAGGAAAUCAAUAAAUCCAGUCAGCAAACAUUAGACAACAUAAUUAAUAAGUCCACUUGCGCCGACAGCGAUUCCUGCGGCGGCACCGCUUCGGACGGCUCCCGUCUUGGCCUCCGACGGAGGACCUCGUAUGCCUAUGUUCCGACUCAAGGUGUGUGCGAAGUUUGGGUUUUAUGGUAUGAACUCGGAUACGGGUCUCGGUAUCUGCAGAUGCGAACUUCUGUUUCUUUGUUCUGUGGUGUCCAUGGUAGGCAUCGUGGUAGCCCUUACGUUUUCCGGCCGAAGGUGGAGUAG